AUGACUCCUCCAGCUCUCCGUAAAUUUAAGGAGCUUUCCAAGCUUCAGAUCCUGUCUGAACCAUUGAUCAAUUGGAUGUUGGUACAGAACAAAGUCUACAUCUAUGUUACUUUGACAUAUUCCCUCAUGGUUGGGAAAAUGAAUUCCAAAGUGAUUUAUUCUCUCAUAGCAAUAUGUGUCACUAUCAUUUUCAUCUUAGUCUUGGUUUUCUGUAUUGGAGAACAAAAACACACACGUUGUGAGAGUUCUUCCCAGAAAAAGGAACAAGAGGAAGGUGGUCAGGAUGCUGGCAGUCAAGUAUUUCAAGAUUUAACCCGAGAGGAGAUAAUGCAAGUAAAGAGGUAUUUACAAUCCAACCUGGGAGUGCCACUGGCAGAGACGCCUCAAGCAAAGCCAUCAGACAACUGCAUCUAUUCAAUCACCUUGCAGCUCCCUCCCAAAGCACAAGUAUUACAAUUCCUAGAUCACCAUGGAUCUCAGCCACCACGAGAAGCUCUGGCUGUGGUCCAUUUUGGAAAUCAGGUGGAGCCCAAUGUGACAGAAUAUCUGGUGGGUCCACUUCCAGAACCAACAUAUCAUGAAGAUAUCACAGUAGAAAAAUAUGGAAGGAAAUUGCCUUAUUCUCAAAGGAUGGUUUUGACAAAUGAGUUUGAUGAAAUCCGUGAUUUCUUGAAAAGAAAUGAAUACCUGAAGGCUCCAAAUUUCAUGCAAAAAGUUCUAAAUUACAAUGGAAGCAAUCUUCAGUACAAUUAUCAAUUACCAUUAGGGCUGAAAUCAGGAGAUCGGAAAACAUGGGUGAGUCAUUUUCAGAAUGUGACUGGCUUCUAUUUGCAUCCAGUUGGUUUUGAGGUCCAAGUGGAUCAUAGUAGCUUGGAUGUUUCCAAAUGGAAGUUAAUAAAAGUAUUCUAUAAUGGACAAUACUUUGAAGACAUGGAAGAGCUUGAGAGACAAUUCAAUAUGGGACAGGUUAGAGUAGAUAAGGUUAAAGAAGCCCCUCUAGAUGGGGGCUACUCUUCACUGAAGCAGAGGGUGCCACCAAAAGAUCCAGGCCCUUUGCAGUAUGAACCUCGUGGACCACGCUAUAGGAUUCACAAUAAUCAUGUCACUUUUCUGAACUGGAGUUUUGCAUUUGGAAUUGAUGCAAGCAGGGGUCCACGUAUCUUUGAUGUUAGGUUUAAUGGAGAAAGGAUAAUCUAUGAGUUAAGUUUGCAAGAAGCAACUGCUAUCUAUGGCUCCAACAGUCCUACUUUAAUGUUGACCAGAUACUUGGAUGCCAGCUUUGGACUUGGGUCCCAUAUCUUUCCACUUACCCAGGGAGUAGAUUGUCCUUAUUUAUCCAGUUACUUGGACUGGCACUUUUUUUAUGAUAGUUCAUUACCUGUUAGCCGUAAAAGGUCUAUCUGCAUCUUUGAGCAGAAUGCUGAGUUACCCAUACGACGACAUUUCGAAAGCGUCCAGUCUCCUUUUUAUGGAGGCUUGCCAGAUUUAAAUCUGAUAUUCCGAACCAUAUCUUCAGUCGAUAAUUAUGACUAUGUCUGGGAUUUUAUUUUCCACCAAAAUGGAGCUGUUGGUGUUCGAGUCCAUGCCACUGGGUAUAUUAUAUCUGAUUUUUAUUUUGGUGACGCCGAAGACUUUGGCAAUAGAGUCCAAGAAAAAGUGCUGGGAACAAUUCAUACCCAUAAUAUUCAUUUCAAAGUGGAUUUGGAUAUUGGUGGUGUGGAAAAUACCCUGGUUGGCAAUGACAUGGCUUUUGAGACCAUACAGGCCCCUUGGAGCCCAAAAGAUGAGAUCCAUCGACUGAAGAUGGUGAGGGAAAUUUUGGACACCGAGAAUAAGGCGGCGUUCCAUCUCCAUGAUGACAUGCCCAAAUACCUUUAUUUUUCAUCCAACUGCACCAACAAGUGGGGCCAUGAGCAAGGCUAUCGAAUCCAGAUAGUCAGCUUUCCUGGAGACCAUCUGCUAGAGUCAGAUCCAAUGGAGCCAGGCCUCAGCUGGGGUCGUUAUAAGCUAGCUGUUACCAAGAGGAAAGAAAAUGAGCCUUUCAGCACCACUGCCUACAAUCAGGUUGACCCAUGGAAUCCUCCCGUGGCCUUUGCUGACUUCAUAAACAAUGAGAACAUUGUCAGUGAGGAUCUAGUUGCCUGGAUCAACACUGGCUUUCUCCAUAUUCCACACGCUGAGGACAUACCCACUACUGCAACUCUUGGGAAUGUAGUUGGUUUCUUCCUGAGACCCUACAAUUAUUUUGAUGAUGAUCCUUCCAUAUAUUCUCCAGAUAGUAUUUACUUCCACCACAAGAAUUUCCUUUCCUGUGAGGCCAAUCAACUUGCAUGUCUGGCAAAAUUAGCUUCGUGUCUGCCUAUUUUCCCCCUUUUUACUUAUGAAGGUUUUCAAAACAUAACUCUCUAA